UUCCCCUGCUGCAGACUGCAAUGUAACAUUGUUCAUAAAAAGACAUUCGCACCUCCAAAACAACUUAUUUCUAUAUUCUUCUCCCCAAAAUCUCUCUCCUACCAUCCUUUAAUAUCCUGAAAACUUGAAUAACCAUGGAAAGUCAGCUACAAGAAAAUAUUAGAAAAACAGCAGAAGAAAACCGAAGCAAUCUAGAACCGCAGCAGCAACGAGCGACACCAGCAACAAUAGCAAAUUCAUCACCAGUUAUAUCAGCAUCUUCUUCUCCAUCCCAUGAAUUUUCCUUCACUAUUUCCUUGCAUUCAUCUACAACAACAACAGCAACGUCAAACCCUGCUUCCAUAGAUAAAUCAAAGCAGCAGCAGCAGCAGCAGCAGCAGCAGCAGCAACAACAACAGUCACAACCGCCUUCGUUAGCAAUUGAUUUAUCACCAGCAGAUGAAAUCUUCUUCCAUGGUCACUUGCUUCCUCUCCACUUCCUUUCUCACCUCCACACUUCCUCGCCUCGCCCCUCUACACAUUCACUCGACAGUUUUGCUCUCCCCAACAAGCACGAGUCGAAAGACCGUACUACAGAAAACAGCAACAUCAGCUGCAAUACUUGCAAUGAAGACGAUCACUGCAUCUCAUUCAACAAAGAGAAUGAUGAUGAAAGCAACAUCGAAAUCAAUCUCCACAGCUGUCAAACAGCAAAAGAAGGAACAAACGAUAAAUCUAAAUCAUCUUUUUCCCUGUUUGGGUUGUCAAAACGGAAAAAAGCGCCAACUGAAGUUAAGGAAAAAUCAUCAUCAGAAGGGAUUUCAGAACACAAGAGCAGGAAGCUCAAGUUUGAUGUGAGUCAAUUUCUGAAACGAUAUCUGAAUAUGGUGAAACCUUUGUUAUCUCCUAGAGCAGGCAGAAGAGACAACAAUGUCCGAGGUCGACGACAGUCGUAUUCUUUCUCAGGGACGGUGACUCCGAGAGAUAAUAGAGAAGGUCUGAUGAGAGGAAAGAGAGGUGAGUUUUCGGCGCCGGCGUCGAUGAGGACUUCACCUACUAAUAGUGGCCUUCUGCUGGCUACUGCGGGGGUAGCAUCACCUGUAAGUGAUAGCACCAUGGAAGAGUUGCAGGCUGCCAUUCAAGCUGCUAUUGCUCAUUGCAAGAAUUCCAUCUCAUCUGAAGAUAAAUCACAAGAGCUAUCCUCAGUUCCUGUGAAUUAGAUGUUAGUUCCUUGAAUUAAUUUUGUAUCGUAAUAUAUAUAUUUUUAGUGUAUAUUAUACUCUUUCCUUAAAAAAAUAUGCUAAUGAGAAACCCAAAGAAGAUGGUGAAUAAAGGGAAAUCCACUUUACUAGGGGUCAGACUUGAUUCUAUAAUCUCAAAGAUCGGAAGAAGUGAUGCUUAUACCACUCGGCCAACGCGGACUGGUCAGUGUAUAUAUACUAUAGGUGAAAGGAUGCAAGACAUUGAGUAUCAUAAUUGUCGAAUCAGGGGAAAUUAAUUUUAAUUAGUGCAAAUUCUUUCCCUCUCUUAUUUUA